CGUGAUCUGUAAGCUUUAUGAAAACACAUUUAAACAGCCACACUUAGAAUUAAAGCUGGUUGCAGAGAGGCGAGCUAUUAGAUCUGAAGAACAGCUCAGGGCGGUUGGGUGAAAGAUGUCCACCAUCAGGUAUGGGAGCAGUGUUGGACCUGCAGGAGUCCAGUCUGUAGGAAAUGCUCAGAAUGGUUUGGAGGAGGUGGAAGCCAAACCAGUCGAUCCCGCUGAUUCUGAUAAGCUGUUACAGUGCCCCUAUGACAAGAAUCAUCAGAUUCGAGCCUGUCGCUUCCCCUUUCACAUACUCAAAUGUGCCAAGAAUCACCCCAAACUAGCAAGCGAACUUAAGACGUGCCCCUAUAAUGCCAAACACAUAAUGCCUAAGCAUGAACUGGCACAUCACAUUGAGAACUGUGAGGAUAAAGGACUGGUCACUUUAGAGGAUGAAAGCAACACAGAUGUGCACAGAAAAUUCCGUGUGCCAGUGACUACGUGGACAAACCAUGCAAGUGAGGAGGACUGGGAAAACGAGGCUGAUAACCAAGCUGAAACCUUUGUGUGGGGAGUGUCUACUAAUCAGCUUGCCGAAAGCAAACCUGAACCACAUGUCACUAACAAUCUGACCCCUGGGCUUCGGGCACCUCGAACCCUACCAUGGAAGCUUUGAGUUCUGGAGAUAUUCCUUGAAAAACUGGACUUUGUUCUUCAAUCACUGACGCAUUAAAGAAUUUUAUUAACCUUUUAAACUCAUUUGCUUUUGUUACUUGUCUAGGACCUUAAUGUACUUUUCUUUUAAUGUUUGUACUCCUUUUAGCAUUUCAUGUUUGCAAGCCUUAAAAUUCCCUGUGUAGGACUUCAUCAUACUCCAUUUUUGAUCCAUUUGAUGAGUGACAAGGAAAAAAUAAGGUUGUUUUUGGAACACUACCUCUGAAGAGAGUACCUUAUUGUUCAUUAAAGAUUUUCUGUCUUCA